AUGCACCCUCUAAAUCCCUUCCUCCGUGCCUUCUUCCGAAGCACUGUUCCGGGGCAGUGUACACCCGUGGAGAAUCAUGUACUUCUUGUUCCUACUACAGAUUGCCUGGUCGGCUCGCGGGACAGAGAGUCUAGCCUUUACUACUCGGAUCUAGUCGCGUCGGAAGAAUUUCUAGGCAGUCAUGUGUUGCGGAUCCCGCUCAUCACGGGCUCAAAGGAUGGAAAGGAGGAAUUAAACGUCCGAGAUAAUAGAGGGAAAGCAAAACAGGUCACAACAUUCAAUGGAAGAACGGUCAUUAUCAAAGAGAACUCGGUAUACAGUAACAAAGGCUUUAAGUCACUCACUCAGGCCCAGCUUUUGUCUGACGCAUUAUACUACAAUAACACAUCGUCCAGCGAAUCGCGACCAUGGCUCAUAUAUUACAUCUCUCGCCCGUUGAUCGGAACCUUCGAUCCAGCCAGAAUAAUUCCUGCCGUCGUCCCAGGUACAACUGUCAAGCGCGUGGAAUUGCCUCCUCGGGAUAGAAAGAGUACAAAUGGAGAUAAUACACCAGCGAAGCAAGAAAUCAAAUCACUUGGCGAGUUACUGGCCAAUUUCCCAAUGAUUGCAAAGCAAAUGCAACCUGGUCUAGAACGGCUAUUUCGCGAAUUUGGCAAGGAGCUUGGGAAGCCGCUGCCUCCUCCUCCAUCGCGUUCGCCCUCUGCAUCUGGAAGCGAACCCGAUCACAAAAUGUCCCGCGCGGAGACUUUGGUGGACGAGAGUUCAUCCGUUCGCAGCUGGUCAUCUCGUCGCGGACGCCUGCCAUUUAACUCAGAGGAAUAUUUUGAAGAUGACGAAGAUCUUAUGCGGCGGAGCCUAGAGACUGCGGUGACUGCUGCAAUUGACCUCUUUAGAUUGGUCGAUAAGCAGCAAUUAUCUCUUCUUGGUGCGACAACCGAUCUCACUGGUCCACUCGUCGAGCGGCUUAUUGAGCGCUAUGUUGCUGAGCAAGUUCAUGAGCCUCUCCUAUUUCCUCGUCUAUGUGCCUUCCGACAACCUGAAGAUUCGGAAUUAGAUUCUAGGAUUCGAUACAUGGAAAGCAUCGAUGUAACCCAAGUUGGGAUCAGCGUUGAAGGAGGGCGUGAAGGGAAAAGAGAACUGAUUCGUCGGCUGGGCCGCGGUGUGGAAGAAUUUCGCAAGAUGGGCGAUGCCAAAAGUCCCCAUGAAAUGCUUAACACACUGCUGGAGACUGUCAAAGUGAUCUCUUUCCCCGGCAGUUACAAUCAAGUGGAUGGACUGGGAUCCGAGAAAGGUCGAUCGCCAAUAACAAUCAAUGCGGAUGUAUUGGUUUCAUUGCUGCUGGUUGUCGUUAUCCGGUCACAAAUUCGUCAUUUGCAAGCCCGCUUGCUUUACAUGCAACACUUCAUCUACAUUGAUGAUGUCGAUAGCGGCGAGAUGGGCUACGCACUCAGCACAUUUGAAGCAGUCUUGAUGUAUCUAGUCACAGACUCAGCUGGUCUCCGGCGCGCAAGUGUGCGAAACCGACGGCUGUGGCAAGCUACAAAAGGGGGUCGUGUUUCAGAUAUGAAGAGUAUCUUGGAACCAAAUGGAGAUCAUGAAUCUAUUGAUGAAGCCAUUCCUCGCGAACCUGAGCGCAAAUCGGUACUUUUCCAAACAGACAGCUCCGAGGAGCCAGAGGAGUCGCCUUUUGAGACGUCGUCUGUCUAUAGCAACCCAGUGUUCACAAAUGGUGAAUCGGCAGUUGAUGGCCCUCCAUCUGAAGCACCGCCCCUGUCUCACGUCUUUCCAUUCCAAACCUGGAAUGGUCCGUCCACUGUCAUAGACUUUACUCGGCCUGUGAAGAAGGUUUCUAUGGAUGUCCGCAGUUUGUCAGAGUCAUCAGCUGUUUCUUUCCUUUCUAGAACCACUACUAUUGGAUCUAUGGCAAGUGGCAUCGAAGGUGAUAGUUCUAUUGAAACUUUGACAAAAACCCAAGAUCCAGCGGGUGAUUCAAUACCUAUGAUGGCCGUGGAAAGCCGUCAAACGGAGGCGCUUAAGUAUCUGUUGAGUCUUGAAGAAUAUUAUCCGUUGGAGGAUAUUCUUGAAGACACAAAUGCGGAUGGUACCACUUUGCUCAAUGCAGCCGUGCAGCUUGCACAUAGUGAGAUUGUUGAAAUCAUUCUAGACUUUCUUUUCAGCAAGACAGAUCAUAGCGUGAUUGCAGCGUACUUGACAAAGUCGGAUGUCCAUGGUCGAACUGUGGGUCAUUAUCUUUUUAGCACGCCUUCACUUCUGGCCCGGCUUGGAGGUCUUCUUCCCUGGCGACAGAGAGACAAACAUGGGCAGACACCACUCUUCGCGCUCUGUCGGUCAUAUGAUCAUCCAGAGUACAAGAUUAUGGUUCAGUCUGCCUUGACAGCAGCACAGAAAGCGCAAGGCAAUGGAAAACCUCUUCAACUUGAUGAUCAUGUUGACAUCAAGGGCAAUACAUUGCUACACAUCGUGGGUGAUCCUGAAAUAACUACACGCAUCCUUCAACAGUGUGAUUGCGAUCCCAACGCCACCAACGACAAGAAAUUUACACCGCUGAUGAUGGCAAGCAAAUAUGGGCGCGUGGACCAAGUGCGAAUCCUGUUCUUGGAUCCAAGAGUGGAUGUACAUGUAAAGGAAUCCCGUGGAUUGACAGCGGUCGAGCUUGCCAAAGACGACGAGGUUCGAAAUAGAAUCGAUGAUUUGAUUCUACUAUCGCAUCCGCCAUCGGCUUUGGGUGACCCGUCAGGUCGUGUUACUACUGUGGUGCGAUCUUUCUUCGUCGAAGACGCAACUGUGCGGUUCAUUCUCAAGUCCGGUGCUCCACAUACUCCAUCAGAGCCAUUAUCACCCCGUUACGGGUCAACAACAUACACUGUUACGACAUGUCGGCGAAGCUUUCAAGAUUUUGAAAACCUAGCGAAAUGGCUUUCAGUCGAGCAUCCUGCCUCCUAUGUACCAUCUCUAUCCGAUUUUCGGAACCCAUUCCAAAUCCACUCUAAGCCAUCUCGAUCUGUGCUUCACGACCUCCAAGAAAAGCUUGAUCGUUUCCUGAAAGCUCUUCUAACUCACCCGACAUUUUCUACCCAUGAAAUGCUUUGGGAGUUCUUCCUUGUUCCAGAACUACAGCCAGAGAUGAUGGCGGAUCGAUCUCGCAGCAAAGCAGCUGUGCUGACCGAAACCAUUGCCGAUGAGUUUUCGCCAAUCUCCCUCGAGGGUAUGCGGGACACAGAGCAAUUUGUAUCCCAUGCACAGGACAUGGUCCGUGGUGUACAUGUCAACACCCGCAGUCUGAUCCGCCGUGGACACGCGCUACACAAUAGCGUUUCGGAUUGCGCGGAUGCUGUUGCCCUCUGCGCACCUAUCCUCUCAACGCUCAAAGAGCCCACGAAUGCGCUUCCACAAUCAUACAUAGAUGCCUUCACUCGUUAUGGUGCUUGUCUUUCCACCUCCAACUCCGAUUCCUCCCCACUUCUCCACUAUCUCGCUGUGCUUACUGCUAUCGACAACACCACCGCGGCCGUUCUCACAUCCCUCUCUCGUCCUUUAUCCCUUAUUUCAGAUCUCACCUCCACAAACCGCAAUGUUUCACGAAACCGCUCCUCUCUUAUUUCAUCAUCACUCCCUCGCAAGUUCAAUAUCAACCUUCCAGGCUUUGAAGAGUCACGACAAAAGUCUGUCCGCGAUCUUGAACAAAAGAUUCAAACGGGCGAAGCCGAGUCAGCUCGCCUGGCGACGGAGAUAUCAUGGAACAAAGAUGUCGUUGUCGGCGAACUAGCCGGCUGGACAACCUGGCGCGAGAAAGUGGGGCGUGAAGCAAUCCGAGAUUUCGUGAAGAACACUCUCGUCCGUGAAAAAGAGCGCGGCAAACGUAUGGAGCGUUGCCUACGCACCGUGCGAGAGAUGAAAUCAUGA